AAAACUAUAACAAUAAAUAAAUACAUAAAAAUGGCGGAUUGUGUCUGUACGAUUGAGUUUCAUGGACAGCUGUGCAUAAUAUUGGAGUUAUUAUAAGACACUGUGACAUCGUUAGUUGACGUGUAAUUGUGAUUUAAUUGCAAAAUAAUAACAGUAAUUUAGUUCUUGGCUUUUGUUCCGCAAAUGGAUGAAAAUAAUAUAAUGACAAUAAAAGAUGGCGACGCGACGCUGCCUUCCCUGACUGAAGCGCCCCCGGUGGCCGAAAAACAAAAACAAUCUGUACUUGACGGGACUGUCAAAAAGAAAAGGAGACGCGGGAAGUCUAAACGGAAAAUAAUGAAGCCUUUCGUAAAAGUUCCGUGGCAAGAUCGGAGAAAGGAUAAGACUAUUAGAAAUAAUCGGUAUCGGAAAAUCGUUUUGGCAAAAACACACGCUCCUUUCAAUAACAACCAAUUUCUUAUGGAAAUACAUAAACCGGAACCAGAGAACACAUUUCAAAUAUUGCAAACACCUUCUGCUCGUACCCGUGAUUCCAGUUUUAGUGUUGAUUCUGAAGACAAUUAUUUCUUUUCUUUACCAGAAGACGAGGAAGAGUAUUUGACAAAAGAGUUCUCAAGCGUCUAUGAAGAUGCACAAAGCGAACGUUUAUCCAACAUGUCGAAGAAUGAGCUGAUACAAGAAUAUCUUCUUCUUGAGGCUAAAUAUGAGAAUCUGGUUAAAAGAAGCGAACGUUCAAAGAACAAAACAAUGGACGAUGAAAAGGACUCGUCAAUUGAUGACAAUGAAAUGUUAGUGAGUGUGAGGGAUAAUGGUGCUGCCGAGAGGGAUUCUUCUGGAACAUCUAUUGGAUCGAGUGGAGUGGACGAAGCGUCGUUCAGUGAUAUGUUGCAACGUGUGAAAGAACAGGACGAGCAGAUUCGCGAGCUCACAUUGUCAAACGAGAAAUUGAGACUGGAAAAUGAUCAUCUGAGGCAGAGACAGCAUGACUCGUCAAGUGCAGACUCCGAGAGUGAUAGUUCUUCGACAACAGAUAGUGAGAGCAGCUCCAGCCGGAGUGCCAGUGUAGUGGAUGAACCAAUUGAGGAACUCAAUGACUGCCCCAAUGAGAAUCACGUUCAGGCCAACGGCCAAAUUGUAGAGACUGAGGAACUGGAAAACCCAAACCCCAUGGUUAAUGGUUUUCACAGUCCAAACAAUUAAUUUUAUUGCACAUUCUAUGUAUCAUGGUAAUUUGACAGUGUGUAAAUAAUUUAACAGUAUUGUAAGGCACUUAUGUUUAUUCAACUGCUAUUUCAAUUGUGACGGGAACACAUUGGUUCUAUUGCAUUUAGUUACUUGCCCAAAUAAUUUUAGCACCUUGUCUCCAUAUGAAAUAAUUUGUCUAGGCCCUGUAGGAAUAUAAAUGUGAGGUCUCAUUUUUAGGAUUAGUAAAAAUUUCCUGUGAUAUCCAUGUGGAUAUUUUUAAUCAGUAGAGUUUGGUUAGUGUCUUUUUAUUUUGACAGAUCUCACUUUUAUGUUAAUGCAGUGAGGUAAAUGCUAGGUAUGUGCAUUAGAUUUAAGAAAAAGAUGUUAUAUUGUAUUAUUAGCCAUUUUGAAUAUUAUUAUAUACAUAUAUUUUAUAGUUAUUGUUGAUCUUGUUAUGAAUGAGUGCUUUUGUUUUUGGAAGUUUGAAACCAAAUUGAUUGUGUCAAGUUCUUAGUAGCAUAUGGAUUGUAAUUAGGAAUAAGUUUAAUUUUAACAGAUUGUAAUAAAGAAUAAUUCUGCUCCUUUAUUAAAAAUUAAAUAAUUAAAUAAUAAUCAAAUAGAAAA